AACAGUGUCUGAUUUGAACAAACGGGCUUAUUCAGUUUGGGUGUCUGAAAUAAUGUUGCAACAAACGCAGGUCGCCACGGUGAUUGACUACUAUAAUAAAUGGAUGCAGAGAUGGUCGACUCUGCAGGAUCUCUCCAAAGCCACCCUUGAGGAAGUGAAUGAGAUGUGGUCGGGACUCGGAUAUUACUCCAGAGGAAGAAGAUUGCAUGAAGGAGCUCAGAAGGUUGUGUCAGAAUUCAAAGGUGAAAUGCCGAAGAGCGCAGAGGAGCUGCAGAAACUGUUGCCCGGGGUCGGGAGAUACACGGCCGGUGCUGUUGCUUCCAUUGCAUUCGGGCAGGUAACUGGAGUGGUCGAUGGGAACGUUAUCAGAGUGCUAUCUCGGACAAGAGGGAUCGGAGCAGACAGCACCAGCCCAGCAGUGACCGAAGCACUUUGGUUGUUGGCCAACACCUUGGUGGACCCAGCUCGACCAGGAGACUUUAACCAGGCCAUGAUGGAACUGGGUGCUACUGUUUGUACUCCCAAAGCUCCUCUUUGUCCAGAGUGCCCGGCACAACCUCACUGCAGGGCUUACCGUAGGGUUGCAAAUGAGCUCGAAAUGGCAUCAAAGAAACUUCUUGGGAAAACAACAUCAGAACUGCCUUCCAUGCUGGAUAUUGAGGAGUGUGGCAGCGCAGGGAGUUGCUCUUUAUGUUUCCCUGCCAGUCAGUGCUGGGACGGCAGCCUUGGGGUCAUGAACUUUCCCAGGAAACCGGUGAAGAAGCCCCCGCGGGUGGAGAGGACACUGACCUGUGUGGUGGAGAGGCCGACAAAUGCUGGCUUGGAAUACUUUCUGGUACAAAGGCCAAGCUCAGGGCUGUUGGCUGGGAUGUGGGAGUUCCCCUGCGCUUUCCUAGAGACCGAGGUGUCCGAAAAGGAGCAAAAGCAAAUCCUCUCAGAUCGGCUCAACAGUUUGCUGGGGAGAUCGACCACACCAGCAGAUCUUCAGCACGUGGGGGAGGUUGUGCAUAUCUUUUCUCACAUUCACCAGACCUAUCGUGUGUACAUUCAUUUCCUCAGUGAAGAGCCUGAUGCUGCUGCUGUGAAGAAGGAGGCAACCGAGACUCCUUCCUCUUCCUCCCGCUGGGUUACAAAAGACGGGCUUCAUCAAUCGGCUGUCUCCACGGCCAUGAAAAAGAUAUUCCGCUUAUUUGAAAACUCAAGUGCAGAGCGAAAAUCAUCUGGCAAGGGCAGCAAACGUAAACGUGGACCGGAAGGGAAGCAGGAAGAAGAUUUUGGGAAUAACAGAGGGAGGAGACAGCUUUCUUUGGACAUGUUUUUCAAGCCUCCUGCAAAAGAGUCUCUGUAGUUGAUGACUGAGUAAGAGUGGCUUAGCUGCAAAUAACCUCGGGGCAUCCAGCUUUGACUACUAUAAGGGAACCUAACUUGGAUGUCAGAGGGAAGGGAAGCAAGGGACCCAGAGAGACCAGGCAGCAUAUCCUUGUGCUAAUUUCAUAACCAGCUCAAACCGUCAUAAGUCAUCCAUUGGCUGUUGGAGCAUAAGAUUUGAAAACUACCAUAAACCUAAAAGGGCCCUUGCUGCUGAUUCUGUGUGAUCAUACAGGACAGGGUAAUUUCCAAGGCAGAGAAUGCUGUAGCCUUCUCCAUUGCGGAGGUUAGUCAGUGUAAUCCAUUAUAUUCUGGUCUGUACCUUGGUGUAUUUUAAUCAGCUCCUGUUGUUAAACCUGCCCGUUCUAUCACAUUCAUCUCUCACUGACUUAUCACAUUCAAUGUGUCCAUGAGUGGAAUUCCAAUGCAGUAAAGUUACAGUUAAAUCAUGGGUCCUUUUGCCCACUCGCAAGCCACCAAACAGUGGAAUAUACCAACUCUCCAGUCAUGCUCCCCAAACACAAAGAAAAAAGUUAAAGUGGGGCAAAAUCACACUCUAAUACUGCUCUGUAAAUUAACAAUGGAAUCGAUUCUCAAACAUUUAUACAGUGCUCUUCAGUGUUAUGAUCUCUACCGUCACUUUUAAUAAGAAAACUUACACAUCAGCAAUCUUUAAGUGCUGCAUCCAUUAUUUCAUAUUGAAUAUAUUGUUAUAUAUAUAUAUAUAGAGAGAGAAAGAGCUGUAUUUAAGAGUAAGGAUAUUUCCCAUUUUAGUAUUUCUUUGUGAAUGUCUCAAGUGGCUCUGGCUGUCAGUGCCGACAUAGAAACAAACCCAGGGUUAACCUUGUUUAUGCUCUACAAUACCCUGGAGUCAUUUUGAGGGUGUAAUCUGAUCACAGGACUCAGGUGACUUGUUAUAAAUUUUUCAACCCAAAGUGUUGUGGCUUAUAAUGUUCAACUGGUCACUGUAAAUUGGACUCAUUCCCAGGUCGCUGUUCUCUCUAUUCUCUCCUUUCCAUGUCACCACCUUCGUCAACUGAGUGCUUUAUUGUCAGUAACACACUCGCUUAUGUCAGGCUGACAUUAUUACAAUCUUGGUCGUCCCAUCAAACACUUGUCAAACCUUCACUUGUGCUAAUUUCAAAGGAACGGUAAGGCAAACCCUUUUCCCAAUGCUACUCUCACAACCAAGACGGUCUUUAAAGAAUUCUUAUACUAUUAUUAGUGUUGUCCUGAGGUUUCUUUUUCAAAGCAUUUAAAGAGGAGAGUGGGGGUGGGGAGAGGGAGGAUUUGUAGCCCCCCCUCCUUUAGCUCGAUGAAUUGUGUCCUUAUUUAAAUGAGUAAAUGUGACUCUUCUUGGAUCUGCGAAGUCUUCCAAACUUAUUUUACCUGUGUUUAUUUUAAACCCAUGCAAUGAUUUUUUGUAACUUGAAAAUGAUUUUUUACUUUUAUGAAUAAAUGAUUUCAAUCCAA